CCGCAGGGCUGUGGAGCGUGCCGGGGCAAGUGCCGGCCCUGCCCGCUGCACGUGGCCACAGGCAGAGGCCUGGAGACGCGGCCCUGCUGCGCCCAGCACUCAGCCUGCUCCCGGCCCUGCCAUGGCCUGCUCUUUGCCGAGGCCGAUCGGGAGGACUUGCUGAGCCUCCUGUGCUAUGAGGGGGGGCUGCCGGAGGCCAGCACCGAGACACCCCUGGCCCACUCUGAUGUCCUGGCUGGGACUAACCUGGAGAUGCUGCAGGCUCAAGAGGAACCAGCCGCUCUGGAGGCACCUGAAGUGCUGGGGAGGCCAAAGAGCUCAGAGGAAGGACGUUCUGGUGGCUGGUGUUAUGGAGAGGAGCUCUGCGAGGUCAACUCCACCUGCGUGGACAAUCAGGACAGCUCCCCAGAACUGGCGUGGGUGGCCCUGUCCUCUGCUCCUGCCCAGGAGGCAGAGCAGCUGCCCCAAGGCAGCGUGGCUAAUAAGGAAUCCUGCUCCUCCUAUCCAGCCUUCAAAGAGGUUCCAGGCCCCUGCGACCCAGAGGAUCUGCUGGACGGUGUGAUUUUUGGGGCAAAGUACCUGGGCUCCACGCAGCUUGUCUCGGAGAGAAACCCCCCCACCAGUGUCCGCAUGGCACAGGCCCAAGAGGCUGUGGACAGGAUCAAGGCACCAGAGGGGGAGUCCCAGCCAAUGACAGAAGUGGACUUGUUUGUCUCCACGCAGAGGAUCAAGGUGCUCACAGCUGACACGCAGGAGGCCAUGAUGGAUCACUCCCUGCAGACCAUCUCCUACAUCGCCGACAUCGGCUCCCUUGUGGUGCUCAUGGCGCGCCGGAAACUGCCCCGGCGGGCAGAGGCCUCAGAGGAGAAGCGGCUCUACAAGAUGCUCUGCCAUGUCUUCCACUCAACUGAUGCCCAGAUCAUUGCUCAGGCCAUCGGGCAGGCCUUCGGUGUGGCCUACCAGCGCUUUCUGGAGGCCAACAGCAUCAACCCAAGUGAGCUGAGCCCUCGCCAGUACAGCCGUGCCCUCGAGGACCAGGAGCACUAUAACACGGAGCUGACACACUUCUCCAGGCAGGAGAACUGCAAGGAUGUCUGCAUCCGGAAACAAAAGGGGGAGAUCCUGGGUAUCGCCAUCGUGGAGUCGGGCUGGGGCUCCAUCCUGCCCACUGUGGUCAUUGCCAACCUCAUGCAUGGGGGCCCUGCGGAGAGGUCAGGCGAGCUGAGCAUUGGGGAUCGCCUCAUGUCCGUCAACGGGACGAGCCUGGUGGGACUGCCCCUCACCACGUGCCAGAGCAUCAUCCGGGAGCUGAAGCACCAGACAGAGGUGACAUUGAAUAUAGUGCACUGUCCCCCUGUCACCACGGCCGUCAUCCGGCGCCCCGACUCCAAGUACCAGCUGGGCUUCUGCGUUGAGAAUGGCGUGAUCUGCAGCCUGAUGCGCGGGGGCAUUGCAGAAAAAGGUGGCAUCCGUGUGGGGCACCGCAUCAUCGAGAUCAACGGGCAGAGCGUGGUGGCAACACCACAUGAAAAGAUCAUCCAGAUCCUCACGCAGGCAGUCAGCGAGGUCCACAUCAAGACGAUGCCAGCUUCCACGUACCGCUUACUGACAGGGCAGGAGCAGCCCAUCUUUCUCUGAGCUGUUGACUGUGCCUGGUUGUCACUAUAUGUGCCUGGGGCCGGGCUGGAGUGAGCUUGGGGUUGCGAGGGCAGAACGUGCUCUGCCUCCUGCCUCAGCACUGUCAUUGGAGCCCUCUGGCCCCCAGCAGGGCCUAAUCCUGCACCGUUUCUGUUUCACUCAGGACCCAGUGGGAGACUCUGAGGGCAUGAUGCCUAGCCUGAGCAGUGUUUCGGCAUGGGGUGCCGUGGUUUGGGUCCCUGACCCUUCUCCUUGACCUCUGUUCAUCCAUCUCUGCUUCACUGAGGCUGUACAGUGCCUGUUCCACUGCUUCACGCAGUCCCUCUCCUUGACCUGGUGCUCGCAGAAGGAGAGGGGGACCCAGCAUGAAAGGUUGCCUCAUCCAAUCACCCCCCCAGUAGUGCUUUUCACUCACCAGUUGUGCCUUUCCCCCAAAAGGGACGGUGCUUGAGCACAACUCCUGGGGCUUGUCCUGGCACAGUUCCAGAGCAGCGCUAUACCCCUUGAACCAGCAUGUGGGCACAUGCUGGCACCCCCCAAGAGAGAGCUGGGCGCUCUAAAAUUCAGCCUGUAUUGCAGCAGGGCCCUUGGCACCUGCUUCUCCUCCCCGGCUUUGCCAGUGGUCUGUUGGGGUACAUGGUCCCUGUUAGACCUGUUGUACCCAGCUGGGAAACUACCUCUGCCUCCCUGGGUGUGCCUUUAAUCGCUCUGCAUGCACAGCCCGGUGCUUCCCCCCUCCCCCCCUCCCAGCACUGGGUCCCAGCCCUCAGGACUGUCCCUCCGCACAGGGGGACACAUGGCACUGCCCAGCCCUGCUCUUGUCCUGGGUGGUGACAUGCACCCCCCCC